GGUUUUUGAUAUUCAUUCUUAUAGAGAAAAACGCCGACACCAUACACUCUCUUCUUCUCGUCACUCUGCCCUCUCAAGUCUCAAACCAGCCAUUGUCGUCGACUCGUGAGAACCGAACAACCCUAGAUUCACUACAACUUAACUUGACCUCACCACCGCCGAAGAACUACUUCAGUAACCCUAGUCAUCACCAUCUCUGAUCCAGUUUCUCCACCUAAAACCGUCAUAAGCUCUAUAAUUAUCCUCUCUCUAUGUAUCUCUUUCUUUCUCUCUACUCUUUACACUUUCACCGGUCAAUAUCGUCAUCCAAGCCACAACCGGUGCUCUGUACAGGAUUUUUUCCUGAAGAUCAGGUUCGGAAAGCUAGUGGUGAUAAAUGGAAAUCACUUUCUGCAGCUUGCAAAAGAAGAAAUGAGUUCUUAAAGAUUCGUGAGCGUGUUGUCAAGAUUCAGGCACAUUUUUGUGGGCAUAAAGUUCGAAAGCAUUACAAAAAAGUGGUGUGUUCUGUUGCGAUAGUGGAGAAAGCGAUACUCAGAUGGAGACCAAAGAGCCGUGGGUUGCGUGGAUUCUGGCCGGAAUUGAGAGCUCCGGAAUCGGAAUAUGAUUUCUUGAGAAUAGGUCGGAAACAGAAAUAUGUUGGAGUGGAAGAGGCAUUGGCUAGGCUGCAUUCCAUGGCUCGGAAUCCUGAAGGCCAGGAACAUUACGCCCAAGAGUUCCAAAAGACCUCUUCAAAAACUCUCCCCUGGUUGGGGGUGUCAAAGAUGGAUACAUAGAUGCUGAUAUUGAUGAAAUUCGCAAAGAAUGGUCUUCUUUUGUGGCAACUUUGUACCGGCAAACAAUAUUUUCGGUAACUUAGAAAUGUUUGUUAGUAUUUUACAUAGGAUUUCUACAAUAUUUUUGACAAAUUGUUAUUGCAUUUACAUAAUGCUGAUUUUGUUAUAAAUUUGUUUGGGAAAUAAAAUUAAGUCAUUUUUGUAUGUAUUUGAAC